AUGUCCGUCCCACAGGGCCUCCUAGACGGAAUCUCUGGCGCCCUAGCAAAAGAAGGCAAUAUCCUCCAAAUGAUCCUAAUAACAUUUAUCGGUCUAUCCUGCUACAACGUCGCCGAACUAGUCGUGCUGGUCCCAGCCACCUUCCGCCGCUGGCGCGGUCUGUACUUCUGGUCUCUCCUGGCAUCAGGAUGUAUAGGCGUAGUGCCAUAUUCAAUUGGUUUCCUUAUGAAAUUCUUCACGCAGACCGACUCUGUUCUCUCGGUGACGAUUUUGACAAUCGGGUGGUGGACAAUGGUAACCGGCCAAUCGGUUGUUCUGUAUUCGCGACUGCAUCUCGUUCUCCGAGAUGAACGUAUUCUGCGACGAGUACUCCGACUGAUCAUUGUCAAUUUCUUUCUGCUGCAUAUCCCCACGACGAUCUUGACAUACGGCGCGAAUAUCGUUCAUAGUGGUGAUGUGGCUUGGGUCAAGGGGUACAACAUCAUGGAGAAGAUCCAGUUGACGGGGUUUACAUUGCAAGAGGGUCUCCUGUCGACAUUGUAUGUCAUUGAAACAGUCAAGCUACUACGUCUCGGGGCGGAUAUAUCCGCGCGCCCGGAUUCAAGAACAAUCAUGUACCAUCUCAUCGGGAUAAAUUGCGCAAUCGUGAUCAUGGAUCUCGUCCUGUUGAGUUUGGAGUAUGCCAAUUUGUAUGCUGUGCAGAUCAUCCUGAAGGGUUUUGUAUACUCGCUCAAGUUGAAGCUGGAGUUUGCAGUCUUGGGUCGACUGGUCGAUCUCAUCCAGGGAUCUCGACAUCCGAUUUCUGUGACUAUCGCUGAUACACUGCCUCUUUGCACGAUACAUCCGCCGCUUGAGACGCCGGAGCGAAGUCAGGAUCAGUGUGAGGAGGCUGAACCGAAGGAUUUUUUGGCUGAGUCGCAUGGAGCAAGGAUUGUUCAGAGGCGGGUUUUUGUCGAGGCUCCGAGUGUAUGA